GGCCUUGGGCGCGUUGCCGGGGGCGGUGGUCGCCGGGGAGGUGGAGACUGGGGCUCCGACCCGCCGCGGCGGCCCGCUGACCCCGCCGUGUGUGUGUGUGUGUGCGCCCGCGCAGGGAGGCAUGGAGAACUGCUUGGCGGCCGCGGCGCUGAACGGGGUGGACCGACGCGCCCUGCAGCGCACGGCGAGGCUGGGUCGGGAGGUGCUGGAGCGCGCCAGGACGAGGGCGGCGGACUGGCGUCCGCGGGAGCUUCCCCGAAGCAGCGUGGGGGGCGCUUCCCGGGAGCGGCCCGCGGCCGGCCCCCAGCGCCUCCUGCCGGGACAGAGAGAAGAAAGACAACCAACCCUCAGUGCUUCCUUCAGGACAAUGGCGGCAUUCAUGGACUAUACCUCAAGUCAGUGUGGGAAAUAUUAUUCAUCUGUGCUGGAGGAAGGAGGGGCAGCCCACGUCUCUCGUUAUCACAGAGGGAAGUCAGCAGUGCAUUUGUGCUGGGACAUGGGGAAUGGCCAGAAAAAGGAAACCUCCCUUGAUCUUGGAGGCAUCUCUCAAGCAUCAGAGUGUGCUCUAGCAGCAUCCCAGCCUGCUAAGAACAUCUCUAAAGACCUCUACAUAGAAGUAUAUCCAGGGACCUAUUCCGUCACUGUGGGUACAAGUGAUUUAACCAGGACUCAGGUGGUAGCAGUUGACUCGGGACAAAGUGUGGACUUGGUCUUCCCCAUAUGAUGUUGACCAUCAUGGCUAUCACAUCACCUUUUUUUUUUUUUUAAGUAACAAGAAGAAUAAAGUCACCGUAUGAUUUUCUUCAUAUUUACACAGUAAUCCUGCUUUCAGGGCUGACUGUAGAGGGUCAGCCUUUCUGGGAACUGGAGUUUGUGCCUUUCAGUGUCUAUUUUAACUUAAAUGUCUAAGACCCCCCUCCCCCUUCUGCUGAAAGUAAUAAUGUAAUGAUGCUGUCUUAAUAGUUCUUAACUGCUUAUUUUCCAGGUAAAAGGUUAACUGUGGUAAUAAAGGGAGAGAUUUGGAAAUGAAGAGAGUUCCUUUUUAUUGGCAUGAAGAGGUGAAACAGUGUCGUUCAUGGUCAGCUGUAGGUUUAUGAGAAGGUGGCAGAGAGGCUGUGGACACAUUUGCCCAAAGCAGACCAACCAGGCCCUGCAGCUUCUGUGGAAGAGAAGUAGCUCCGCCGAGGUCCCUCGCGGGGAACCCUGGCCAGGACCACCGCGUGCCUUUGCUCCUCAUCUGCAGGGAAGUUGUAGAGUGUGAGGUUGCAACUGCUUUUGCACCCAUCACAUGUGGCCUGCCUCUCUGUCCCCGUCCAUUGCAGGAGGACUUGGCAGCCACUUAGUAACACCUCCUCAGGUAUUUAUCACUGCUGCUCUUUUAGCUUCCUAUAAGGAAAAAAAAUCCUGAGAGUCUGAUGCUGUAAUUUUAAGGAUCAAAAGUCACUGAUCUUAAAAAGUCUAUGGUGUGCCCUGAACUUCUCGAAGCUACCAAGCCAAUAGCAGUUUAGUUGCCUGGUAGUUCAUCUCAUUGUGAACAUGACAAGUCUGCCCUCAGAACAAAUGCCAGUAUUUUAUAUGAUGAAAACCAAGUUUUAAGUAGAGCUGUAUUAGCAUUCCUAAUGAGGAACAGACUCCCACAGACAGAGGCUGUAGUCCAGCAGACCCAUCCCCUUCACCAUAGGGUCAAGUGUCAUUUAAGUAAGAAGUCUGUGCUCAGCUUUGUGGGUUCUGUAAGCCUUCUGAACUGGAAUGCAGAAUUGUGGGUAUGUGCAUUUUCCUGGGAAAAGACAGCGCGGGAGUUCUCAGUUUCAAAAGGGGCGUGGAGAACCAUGUCAGGAGUCCUUAGGGAGCCCCUUCCCAGCCAUCCUGCUUUUUACCUGGCUCCUCAAGGCUUUUGGUCUGAGAGCAUUCUGGUUCCUCUGGUGUGUCGCUGUUGCCUGACUUUGUUUUCUGUGUUCAUCUUGUGGCAGGAUAUGUGGUGGCUUCACGCCACUUGCUUCCAGGACCAGCUCCCUGGUAUUCCCCAUCACUAUAGCUUGUACUCUUUGCUCUUUGUUGCUCCUCUUUUCUUUCCAGAUGGUGCCAUUUCCUGCUCCUAAACCCGAAAUUCAAUUAGUUAUGUCGCACAUGCCACCAUGGGAUUAGUCUUGAUGACUGAAGUAGAACUAUAUGUCAGAUAUCCCAAAGCUCUUAACUAUCUGUAAGCUACCUACCACUGUUCUCUAUUUUGAAAGAGAAAUAAAGUUUAAGUCAUUUCUGGC